AACGAGGACGUGCUCGAGCUGCAGAUGGCGAACGCAGCCGAGGCGCGCGCGUGGAUGGCCGCUUUCCACAACCCGCGCUACCUGCACGCGCGCGGGCUGCACCUCGCCUCUGUCGUGGCUGGCCGCGAGGCGGCGUCGGAGCAGAUCGACCUCUGGGAGCGGUGGGCGGUGAUCAACCAUCGCGACAGCCGCGGCGAGACGAUGCUGCACGCGGCGUUGCGCGGCAUCGAGCCCGGCGAGGCGGACGAGAGGCAGCGGCUGGUUGCGUGGCUCGUGGACUGCGGCGCGACGCUGCUGCCGCAGCCGGCGGGCGCGCCGACCGACGAGCUGCUUGCCUCGCUCUACAAGCGCUUCUCCUCCCCGCGGCUGGGCAAGGGCAAGUCGAAGUCGCGCGCCGCUUUCGCCGAGGAGGCGGCGGCCCCACCCGCCGACGAGGCGGACGAGGAGGUUUCGGACGUCCCGUCGCCCUUUGCGCUUGCCGUGCGUCUGGCCGACGGAGAGGGGCUCGACGGCCUGCUGGCGGAGGCGGUCGUCACAAUGGCGCGGCAGGGCGCGCCGCUCGUCGGCCCCGCCUCCAUCGACGACCACCUCUCGACCCUCUUGCACGGGUGGUUGGACGGCGCAGACACCGCGCCGCUCACGCACGCCGCGCUGGGCGCGUGGCGCGAUGCGAACGGCGUCGAGCCGGCGCAUCACAUGCAGCCACCCCCGCCGCCCACCACGUCGGCGCAGAACCGCGCGCUCGUGCUGCUGUCGCUCUCGCGCCUCGACUGCGCCGCCGAGCCCGCCAGCGCCCGCCUCGCCAUCUCGGUCGUGCACGAGCCGUCCAGCGACGCUGCUGGUCCUCGAGGCGGCGCCGGCCUCGCCUCGCGCGCGGCUGCGUUCCAGGCCACUGAGGCGGCUGGCGCAGGCGGCGGCGGCGGCGGCGGCGGUCUGAUGCGGCGGAAUCGGUUGGCGACGCUGGUCGGCGAGCAGCAGUGCGCGUCGCCGCUCUCGUCGUCUGCUGUCGGCUGCCUAUGGUGGUUCCGCACGUGGUCUGCGGCGUACCUGCAGGGGGAGGAGGGUGCGAUGCUGCUCAUCAAGCUCGUGCGCGCCACGGGCGGGGGUGAGGACGAGGUGCUCAGCUGGGUGGCGCUACCCCUCGAUGAGGUUGGCGACCACCACCUCCAGAUGCACGCGCCGCCUCUGCCAAAGAGCGCCGCCGAGGCGCGUGCGCCGCGUUCCGAGCCGACCUCGGCGUGGCUGCACUGCUGCCUCGACCUCGGCGUCACCGGCACCUACGCCGCCUUUGCCUCGCGCCACCCGGACUUGUCGCGCGGACCCGCGACGGUGCACCGCGUCGAGCCUCUCGAGCGCAAAGCCGGCGCAAGCAGAGGCGCCGUCGCCGCCGUCGCCGCCCAAGACGCGUUCCAAGUCGGGUGCGCGGCUCGGCGCCGUCUCGGAGGAGUCGGUGGCCGAGGAGUCGGUGGCCGAGACGGCGGGCCAGCCCCCCGAGACGGCGGGCCAGCCCCCCGCCCCGGACGUCAAGGUGGAGACCUUGCUGGCGCGAGAGCUCGAGGAGCGCGCCGUGGCGGAGCAGGCACGCCGCGGCGCGCCGAAGGCGACGCGCCAGACCUCGCGCGCCCUCGAGCUGCUGCGCCGCUUGCCCGAGGCGGCGCCGGACCUCGUCCCGGUGCUCACGUCCGUGCCUCCUGCGGAGACGGCGGCGGCGCUCGACCAGGAGCGACGCACGCGGGUGGUCGAGCUCGUGCAGGCAGCAGCCGCCGCAGCGCGGCACGGCGAGCACGAUUUGGCGGCGCGCGGCUACCUGCACGCCUUUGGCCUCUGCGGCGCCGCGUCGCUCCUCAUAUCGGUGGGGCACAUGCUCAUCAAACUUGGCAUCGGCGACGCGGCGCGGGCCAUCUUCGAGCACCUCCUCACCCUGCCCGCUUCCCUCUCCCCCGAGCAGCAGAGCCUCGUCAAGCGGCGCAUCGCGCAGCUCAAGGCGGGCGAGCCGGCGGCGAAGAUGACGCCGUCCCUCCUCCUCACGCCCGCCACCGCUUCGCUGCUGCCGCCCGCCGCCCGCGCCAAGGCGACGCAGAGGUCCUCCUUCGGUCGCAUCUCCCUCCCUGCCGACGGCUCGCAGCGCUGGUCUGCUUCGUCGGAGGAGCGCGACACAUCGCCGGUGCAGUUCACGCCGCGCUCGCGCCAGUCGUACACCAUGGACCUCUGAGGCCGCGCGAGGGUGGGGCUCACGGACAGUUGGUCAAGGGUUUAUGCAUCCUUGCAGCCCGAGUGUGCCUCCCUUCCCGAAGAGGGAGGCUCUGCGUCUGAUGACUCUUUGCUUUGCGAUCACUCAUCCUGUGCACAUCUGCCCAUCUCUGAGUAUGUCGUCUCUUCAUAAAGCCGUAUCGCCACUGUCGUUCUCGCCCGCGUGCUCUUGCGUGUGUGUGAUGCUGUUGUUUCUUUUCGUAGCUCGUGGUACUCUG